AUGUGUGAUCAAGACCGAGUUAUACGAUAUCGCGGGUGUUUGGCACUUCGAUUCGCUGCUAACUCCUCUGUGAAGAAAAACAUUCAAUCAAUACUUGGGGUGGAGCCUCAGUUUCCCAUGCUUCCUGAAGACGAGUGGCACAUGACGCUAGUCACCAAGGACGAACUACGUGAGUUAAGUACUGAUGCGAUUCAAGAAGCGAUGGAGCCUCUAUCGACGCGCUGUUUCGCGAUUGGAUUAGGUGGAGGUAGUGAAGCGACGAGAGACUUGGGGCCGGCUGGAGUAUACUUCGUGGUGUUCGUUUGGCCGAAAGCACAAGCGUUUAGGACGAAGCACGGACUUCCAAUGAAAGAUUUCCACGUGUCCGUAUCAAUUGCCAACCGCCAUGACAUUGACAAGACAAGCGACGCACUACUGGACAAUUCAUGCCUAGAAUCGCUGGGUAAGUCAGCACUGGAAGCACUGAGUCGACAAGUCAUGCUGGAGCACAAACCCGAACGUGCGCUGGAGAUUGCCACGCUGUUGUGUACGAAAUUUGGUGAAGAAACAGCACGUGGCUGGGUACGACUUGCCGAUGCAUCAUUGCUUACAGAUCGACCAAAGCUUGCCAUGCUCAGCUACGGACACCUAGUCGAACGUAUGACCCGAACACCUCAAGACGACAGUGAAGGACGUGGCUCAGCACUAUGUAGACAUUGCUGCACGCAACUCUCGAAAUGUGCAGAGUUGACAGAAUGGGGUCCAGUAUUUGCCAAAGAAGAAAUUGAGCAAGUACCAUCGAACUUGCGCAGCUUCCUCUGUAGACCGUGGAGUAUUUCAACGUGGACGGCAAUACGAGACAGUACUCAGAACACCUCGAUGGCUCUCUCGUAUCCUUCACGGGAACGACUUACGACGCCGUACAGUCCACUAGGAAAUCUGAUGGAGCAGUACACGCUUCCACGAUUCUUCCGGUGGAUUGUGCCAUUCCAACUGGCUGCGAUGUCCACACCUCGAAAUCGAGAUGACAUUCGCUGUCUUUGCUAUUCAUUGCACAUCCGACAUGUUGUUACAUUGACGGAGGAAGAGCCUCUGCCAACAGCUUGGUUUGAUGGUGUUCCGAAUAUCAAGAACACAUUCCUACCGGUGCCCAACUACAAAGCACCCAGCAUACCGCAAAUUGAUCUGUUCAUGCGGCUGUGUUGCAACUCCUCAGCUCCGGUGCUCGUGCACUGUGGUGGAGGCAAAGGACGUGCUGGAACCAUGGUGGCUUGCUAUCUCGUAGCUUUUGGGUUCAAACCGCCUCCAGUGGAGCUGAACGACGGUAAUGUAUCAAAUGGAGUGUGGUUCCAGCCUGCAAUGACGGCGACGGAAGCUAUCCAAGCCCUUCGAACGAUGAGACCUGGAAGUAUAGAAACCAAAGAGCAGGAAGAGGCUGUCAGCAAUUAUUGUUCUCUUCUCUGGAAACGACGAGGACUAUUCCCACCCGAGCCAGCACAACCAACGCCCAGUCGACCCGAGAUCACUGGCAAACCAGUUGAGACGACUGAUCUUCUCGUGCUUUGUGGGAUUCCAGGCUCCGGUAAAAGCUCAUUCCGUCGAGCACUAGUUAAGCGCAUCGUGGCUUCGCGUGCAGCGCCAAUUACCGUUCGUUCGAACAAUUCUUUGUAUCAGCCUUGGACAGAAAUCCACAGCGACGAGAUUGGUCGCAAAGGUUGUGAAAGGAGUAUUGGACAGGGAAGUAAUCGACGAGUUAUCCUAGACAGAUGCAACGGUGUUGUUGCUGACCGCAAAAAGUUUCUCGAUCUAGCUGCUACGUGGAGUCAUCACGCCACCGCAGCUGUCUUCGAUAUACCGACGAAGCUCUGUGAAGCGCGAGCAAUGCAGCGCGCUGACCACCCUACGCUUCCACCUGGUCGUCGCGUAGACUUCGCGAUUCACCAGCACUCCAGUACAUUCGAGUUUCCUGAGCUAUAUGAAGGUUUCCAGACGAUAGUCCGUAUCACAUCCGUCGAGGCUUCUCUGGAGUUGGUGGAUCUGUUGUCUCCUCCACUGCCACUGCUCAAGUUCCCACGAACGCCACACCUCAUUGACCUAGGAGCUGCAACAAGCGACGAUCUGGUCAACGACUUUAACAGCCUCUCACUUCCAGUAGAUAGAGACACAACCAUCGUCAUCACUGAGAAAAUGGACGGCGCGAACAUGGGCAUCUCGUUAUCUCCUGACAGAGCUCUAGUUGUGCAGAACCGCUCUCGCGUCAUCAACUCCAAGUCUCAUCGGCAGUUCCGGGAUCUCGACAAGUUCUUGAAUUCUCACCGAGCUGUGCUGUAUGAGAUCUUGCAUCGUGACGCGGUAUUCCCCGGACGGUUUGUUCUCUACGGCGAGUGGCUGGCAGCGACCCACUCGAUCCCGUACUCAAAGCUGGGAAGCCACUUCUACGCGUUUGAUCUCUACGACCGCGAGACUGGACAGUUUUGGGAUCGAGCAUCACUGCAAGAGCAGCUGGCAAUCAGCGCUGCAACCUGCCAAGACGAUGGCGCUAUCCAACUCGUGCCUAAACUCUGGGAAGGGCACGUACUACCUCCACCCAUCGAGCUGGUCGCCUUGGCGCAGCAACGACGCUCUCAGUUCUACGACGGCCCCAUCGAAGGCAUCUACAUAAAGUGGGAGCGUCUCGGUCACGUCAAGGAGCGCUGCAAGGUCGUCCGCAGCGACUUCUUGGCCGGAGACGCUCACUGGAGCCAAAGACCCGAGGGGAUCCGCUUCAAUACCGUUUCGACUUUCAACAACUUAACCGGUAUAUAG